CAUCAGCCUCUUUCACCAAACGCGGAAGUGCUAACAAUAACAAUGGCGAUUUCUAAAGCCGCAUCGUAACUAUACUAAAUAGUAACUUUAUGUUGAAAUACUGCCUAAAUGGAUCGUGUUAGUCAUGUAAACCGAAACCGGAUAUAUCUAUAAACAAUAAAAUAAUCUUAUGCAAAAGCGAAGUUAAUUUAAACAACUGAAAAUAAAGCUUGGAGCUAGAGCAUGUAUAGCGGUCUCCUUCCGAAGGGACUCAGUGAGGCUGAUCUGAGUCCUGAUGAGGAAGAGGAGAACACUCAGGACGAGAAGCAAAGCUCACGAACUACCACUGAAACCGAGAAAUGUCCUGAGGAGACAUCAUCAUCAUCAUCAUCAUCAUCUCCUCCUGACAGCUGUUUGCCAGGAGUGUCUCAAGAUCUGUGGCAAAAAUUUCAAGACCUGCAGAAGGAAAGAGAGAUUCACAAGAAGGAUCACCCCCCGAUAAGGAAACGAGGGAAAAAACGCCGUAAAAAAGGUGGAGUUCUAACGCAGGCGGGUGACGCGGCAGACAAAAGAGAUGCCGAGGAGGUUCAGGUGAAGCACUGGGAAGAACUGACCCAGUAUUUCGGCACCAACGAUAGAUUCCAGCCCCCUGCCAGUAGCCGACCUUCGCCAAAGUCAGGCCUGGAAAAGAGCAUGGAGCGAGCCAUCGCCGAAGGGGAUUAUGGGAAGGCGGAGGAGCUGAGCGACCGGCUGGCUACUCGUGAGCUGGCUGUGAAAAUCGCGCAAGCUGCCGACUGCCGCGACUUCACCCGAUCCAGACGGGAAGAGGAGGAUUCACGGGCAGCACGGAAAAAGAGGAAGCAGGUCGCAUGGGGCUUUGAAGCAAAGAAACGGUGGGAAACCAAAAGCAACAUGGGCUACAUGUGACGUUCGCAUGGAAAUACGAAUUUUCGAUAUAUAUUUGAAUUCAUUUGCUUUUCUGUGGUGUUUCCGAUGGUGGUGAAAAACUGUACAUGGUUAGUUAAAUAAACGACUGAACCUUAACAUUAGCUUUGUGGUCUAAAUGUUCAUUUUGAGUUCUGUUAUGCUGUUUUCGUCCUAAUUAAAUCUGUGUGCCGUGUAUAGUUACCAGAAUAAGUGGGUUAAUCAGCAGCUCUCUGUUCUUUCAUGGCGGUAUGGAGCAGAGGAAGAAGGGGGGGGGGAGAGAGGAGAUUAGGGCCCUAAUGCAAUGUAGUGGAUAAUGUGCAAUAGGAUUUGCCUGGGCAAAAUGAAAUUUGUUGGCUGUAAGGAGGUUUGAGCAGGGAGGUUAUGUAGCGGGAGAGUGUGCAAGGUGUGUGUGUGUGGAAAUAGAGAUUGCAUUUACAGAGUUGGCCUUUACCCAUGAUGCAAUGGAUACCCAAGAUUAAACUCGAAAGGAGGGAUGGUUGCGGUAGAUAGCUUGAGCUUGAGUGGUGGUAACAUUCUGUUAAAUAAAUAAUGACAGAACCUCCUGAAAUUCAGCAUGAGCUCAGGGUAUACGUUUAUGCAUUCUAUGAGAAGACAUUUAUGUAGCAUUUUUGGGAAGGAGUCUCCAGUCUCAGUGCUUUCGGAAGUAAAGCUGUAACUACAUUUUUUUUUU